AAAAAAUUCAUGUUGUUCUCUUGUGGUGUGGUAUAAGUGUUGAGUCCUGCUGCAGUUAGCCUACUUCUGAGUUUUUCUUCCUUGUGAUUUUUGUACUUCCAAAGCUGAAAAAAGAUGACAUUUAAGAAAGACUUCAAACAACAAAUGGUGCCAGAGUGGGAGAAAGAUUACAUGGACUAUGAAGGCCUCAAAAGAAUAUUGAAAGAGGUCAAAAGCAGCAAGCAAACUACAUACAACAGGUCCUUGCAUCACAGAUUUAGCAUUGAAAGAGCAUUAAGUGGAAUACACAUGCAUGGUAGCAAUCAUCAGGUAGAGGGGGAUAUUGAAGACCAGGUUAUAGAUGUUAAGACAUUAGAGCAAGAUGGUUCCAAACAGGUAUAUGAGACCAACUUUCAAAAGGAACAUGAAGAAGGAGGACAAGCUGAGUCAAGAUUCUUUCAGAAGCUUGAUGAGGAGCUCAACAAGGUCAAUGCCUUCUACAAGGAUCAGGUGGAGGCAGACAAGCAUGAAGCAACACUUUUGAGUAAACAAGUAGAGGCUUUAGUUGCCUUCAGGGUAAAGGUUAAAGACCCUGAUCAAGGAUUGCAGCAGAUGACUUCAACAUCUAAAGAGAAAAUGGAUCAGAAUCAUCAGCAAAAAGACUCCAUGGGUGGAACUGAAGUUGAUCCUGUUCAACAGGCCAGUAGAGAUACUCAUCCCGAGGAGGAAGCACACAAGAAUUACCAAAGAAGAGAUCCCAUGGAGAUCCUUGAGAAUGUAAGGAUUGAUAAUGCUACUCAAUCUCCAAUAUCAACAAUUAAAAGUGUAUUUACAGAUUCCAAUGAUGAUGAAUUAAGUUUCAACAAAGAAGAGCUGAGAAAAAUUGAAGGGCAACUGAAACUUGUCUUUAUUGAGUUCUAUCAGAAACUCCUACAUCUCAAAGAUUACAGUUUUAUGAACCUCUCAGCAUUUUCUAAGAUCAUGAAGAAGUAUGAAAAGAUUACAUCAAGAACAGCAUCAAUGGCAUACAUGAGAGUAGUGGAUAACUCCUAUCUGGGAAGCUCUGAUGAGGUUAAUUUUCUUUUGGAGAAGGUGGAGUCUACCUUCAUCAGGAACUUCUCAAAUUCAAAUCACAAAAAGGGAAGAAAAUUAUUAAGGUCAAAAAUGAAAAGAGAAAGGCACAGCAUAACAUUUUUUACAGGUUUCUUUUCUGGUUGCUUUGUUGCCCUUUUAGCUGCUACUAUUUUAAGAAUAGUAUCUCAACGAUUAAUGCAGAACAAAGUGGGGACAUUUUACAUGGAAAACAUUUUCCCACUAUACAGUCUAUUUGGAUAUAUCACUCUACAUAUGCUUAUGUAUGCUGCAAACACAUACUAUUGGAAGCGUUAUCGGGUGAAUUAUCCAUUCUUAUUUGGCUUCAGGCCUGGAACUGAGUUGGAUCAUAGAGAAGUGUUCCUUCUUACCACUGGUCAUGCAGUGGUUGCAGUGCUAUGUUUCUUGAUAAAUUUGCAGCUGGAAAUGAACCAAAAUACUAGAAGCUACAAGACGGCCACUGAACUUGUUCCUCUGAGCUUAGUUGUUCUUGUUCUUUUGAUCACCUUUUGCCCUUUCAACAUUGUAUACCGUUCAAGUCGUUUCUUCUUCAUCAAGUGUUUAUUUCGUUGCAUAUGUGCCCCUCUUUUCCCGGUAACACUUGCAGAUUUCUUCUUAGCUGAUCAGCUUACAAGCCAGUUCCAAGCCUUCAGGAGUUUUGUGCUUUACAUAUGCUAUUAUGGCCUUGGAGAACGUUCAAGGAGGGAAAGCAAAUGCCAAGGUUAUGGUUUCUACAAUGGACUGUAUGUCAUGGCUGGAGUCAUUCCUUAUUGGUUUCGCCUCGCACAGUGCAUGCGUCAAUUGUAUGAAGACAGAGAUAUGGACCAUGCAAUCAAUGGUUCAAAGUAUCUUUCAACAAUUGUUGCCGUGAUCAUAAGGACUGCCUUUGAAAGAAAGAAGGGAAGCACUUGGAAAGUGUUGGCACUCAUAAGUUCAGUUGUGACAAUAAUGCUGAACACAUAUUGGGACAUCGUCAAAGAUUGGGGGCUUCUGCAGAGGCACUCAAAGAAUCCCUAUUUGAGAGAUAAACUAGUAGUUCCACAUAAAAGUGUUUACUUCUUAGCCAUGGUCCUGAAUGUAGUUCUUAGACUUUGCUGGGCGCAGUUGGUGCUUGAACUCAACUGGAAACCUCUUCAUAAAGUGGCAAUCACAACAUUUAUUUCCUGCCUUGAAAUCAUUCGCCGUGGCAUUUGGAACUUCUUUAGGUUGGAGAACGAGCACUUGAACAAUGUUGGAAACUACCGUGCCUUCAAGUCGGUUCCUCAUCCUUUCAGUUACUAUGAUGACAAAAAUGACAAAGAUGACUAGUAGCAUCCUGCUUCAGUGCAAGAUUACACCAGCUACAAAUUAUAUUUUGAUUUGGAUGUAAAACAUGUCGUGAAAGAAACUGGAAUGUUCACAGGAUUUGACAAGUUGUACAAUUAAAAAAAACUUAUUUUUGUUUGUUAUGAAGCAUAGAAAAAAGUGGUUGUCUAACUUACCCUAUUGAUUA